AUGGAGGACACACGUCGAGACAUUUGUGACAGGUGUAAGCGUCCACUGCGCGUUUGCUACUGCUCGUCGCUGCCUGACGAGCCGCUUGUUACCCGGUCAACGCACGUGUUGGUACUGCAGCAUCGCCAUGAGAAGCGACGACGCGCGGCGAUCUCGUCUGUGCCGGUUUUGGCUCAAACGCUUGAGAACGUGACGCUCGUUACAGUCGACGAAACGUGCGACUGCGGUCCGGGCAAGGACGAGCUGCUUGAUGCCUUGUUGUACGAUGAAGGAGGAGACCACAGGUUUGAUACAGCGAUGGUAUUAUUCCCCGAUGAGCAUGCACAACCUUUGACUGGGGGAGGAGGGACGAGGAAUGCAAAGCGCAUGCUGGUUAUCGUCAUCGACGGAACAUGGAAGGAAGCUAAGAAGAUCGCGCACAGGAACAAGAAGCACUGGGAGAAGGCUGCAAAGGACUGGGAGUCAAGGGGUGGCACUCUGCAGUACAUUUGCCUAGAUGGCGAGCUUAAACGGAGCAUCUACGGCGACUUGAGGCGGGAACCGAUGGAGGGCUGUCUGUCGACGCUGGAGGCUGUGGCGUCUGCGCUGGUGUUGUUAGAGCCGGAAGAGGCUGGACGGCAAGUGCACGACGCAUUAUUACGUGCUUUUAGAGGGAUGGUAUCCAUCCAGGAACAGUUUCAGCAGCGCGGGCGAGUGGCUAAACUGGGGCAAUACGGCGGCGUCUCCAAGGCUGAAGCAGUCGAAGCCAAACGACGACAACAGCAGAAGAAAAGCAACGAUUCUACUGCUGACAAACACACCUCGACGCUCAUACAGCGCGAGUACGUCUUCUACACUAGCCACACGGACUUUCGGCAUCGCCAACAGCUCAAACAACAGGGUGAAGUGGUCACCUGCACGUACGACGAAGCCAGAGAGCGCUGCAUGGAACUCAACCGCGACCGGAAACGUGGCCAACGCAUCGCCAUGCUCCCGCUCGACGCCUUUGAGAAGCAUCUCCGACAAUGCCACGAUGCGCAGCAAUCCGGUAUGCCAAAUGAAGGCGAGAACGACGCGCUCUGA